UACAAACCCACCUUCACACAUUAAUCCAUUUGGAGGUGAGCUUAUUUAUAGUAUCAUCAUGCGGUAGCAUUCAUGUCAUCACUAUAUAUAUAUGUAGAUAUGGGGAUGACAAAACGCAUAUGAACUAGAUGUACUCCUUGUAUUCUCUUUUUUUCUUAGAUCAAAGUCAUGGCAGAUUGGCAUGGUAGUGGUUGCAGUAGGAAUUCAAUCAACGAUGGAGAUUUUGAUGAAGAAGAAGUUUGGUCUUAUGAAAAAGAAGAUUCAUCAAGUUCCACAUCGAGCAAACCUAGGGAACCGUCCUCGAGUUCUUCAUCUGCAUGGCGGCUUCCAAGCGCAUCGAGAACGAUCCGAAGAGGAAGCAACUCAUCAUCAGCAGCAAGGCAUGAAACCGAGGUGACUCGGCAAUCAUCAGCUCCGUUGAACAUCCCCGAUUGGCCCAAGAUAUAUGGGAAGCAUGCAAACAUGGAACCAUCAAGAAACAAGUCAUGGGUUAAUACAGGUGAUGGUGAUGAUGAUGGUAUGGUGUAUGAGGAUGGAGAUAUGGUCCCUCCACAUGAAUGGCUUGCUAGGAAGCUUGCAAGGACUCGAGUUUCCUCUUUCUCGGUUUGUGAAGGGAUGGGAAGGACACUUAAAGGCAGAGAUCUCAGCAAAGUGAGAAAUGCAGUUUUGACAAGAACAGGUUUCCUAGAGUAGUAAUGAUGAUCAUCGUGUAACCUUUUUCCUUUUAUCAGUUUUCGGUCAUAAUACGUUGUGGCAUGUACUAUUGAACUUGGGAACAGAAAGAAGAAGUCGUAAAUCGCAACUAGGAGCUGCAUUUUUGUGAGAUUUUUAUGGAAGAGGGAAAAAUUAGAUAGAAUUUUCAACGUGACGGAAAUGAAAACUAGUGCAUAGUUGAGUGAUCAAUGGUGCAAUUCACCCUUUUAGUAUAUAUAUUUAGUAUUGUUGGUACAAGAUUUAGCGAAGGAGAUUGGGAGUGGUUUACAAGUAAGCCUGAAGAGCCGUUAGAGGUCAUUCCUUGAAGAUUUGAGGAAGUCUUGUGAUAUUUGGGCAAAGCUUUGGUCAAUGUUGCAAAACUCUGAUUAGUAGUGAAAUUAAUGUGUUUUUGAUUCAAUUAGUUGAAUUGUUAAAUUGAAAUAAUUAAAUGAAAAUUAUAAAAAA